AUGCUCUACGUGUCGGAAUACGAAGCACCCCACAAGCUCACGGCGCCGCACCUUCGAGGUGGCCUUCACCCGAUGAACAUUUUCGCCGAUGUGGUCAAUCGCAAGACCAUCCCGACGGCGGCCGACCUGAUCGCGCGGUUCGAGUACCACGCUGAGAGGCUUACGGCGGCGGCCAUCACCCAGACCUAUAACUACAUGAUUGAGGGCGGGCUCGAGUACGGGCUGCUGACGACGGGCGAGGCCAUCACCUUCCUGCGGGUGGACUGGCAAGAUCCGGAGACGCUACUCUACCACCUCGCCGAGCCGAGCUUUGAGAUGGCAGACCGGUCGGCGGACAAACGCCAUGCGUGCACGGCAGUGGGGCAGUAUCUGGCCUUUAGACUGAUGGCCUUGGGACCAGCAGAGGAGCAGUCGCGGCCGCGACCACCAGACGAGCGGAAUCGCGUUAUUGCGCCACCGCCGAGCUUGGCGUCCUCAUAUGCGCCCACGACGCACGGCAGGGUCAGUAGAUCACUUGUAGCGCGCAGGAAGGCGCGAGAUCGGCCCGAACGGCAGGCGAGGCGCAGGAAGAGUGACGAGUCGUCGUCAGACGAGGCCGGGCGGGCGGUACCAGGUUCACCGAGCCCGUCGGAGCGGCGCACCAAGGCUGUCCAGCAGUCUCAACGCAGCGAACGCAUUCUGGCUUGGGGCCGGCAAGGCCAGAAUGGGCAGGAAAGCCAGCAAUAUUGCACUCAUCAAUGUCUACUAGGACUGUCUGGCAGAGGCCAUUUGGACGAACGAUGUUCGAACAUUACGCUGCACCGUCAAGGUGAGUCGCGGCUGGACAAUCCAGUCCGUCGGGGCGAGUUUCUUGAGCUCCUUCGAGCGCAGCUUCAGAAAUCGAUGGACGAAGGAAUCACCAAGUUGCAUAUGAGCGGGGUACGCGGCGCGCUUACAAAGUCACGCUCCUGGCUUAUGGAUAUACGUUUGUGGCCAAAGGAACACUGUCAGCUUUCGUCCCAGACCUUCAGCAUGAAGCGUUGGUUUACGAGCGGCCUGAACGACAGCAAGGAACUGUGGUGCCCGUGUGUCUUGGGACCAUCGAUUUGCGGCCGCUGCAUAGGGUGUACUACUACGAUCAUCGGGUCUACAUUGAAUACCUUUUGCUUCUCUCGCGGUGUAGCCCGAGGAGCGACUCUGCCACGGCCGACCAAGCAAUGUAUCCGUGCGGUGCAUCAGGCAGGUGUGGUACAUGGGGACGUGCGUCCUGAGAAUGUGCUGGGCAAUGAGGAGACGGGGAAGCCUAUGCUGGUUGAUUUCGAGCGUUCAGUGUGA